AUGGAUAUAUCGGCAAAGAAACGGAAACGUGCUUUACUUAUACACUUGGCUGGAUCACAAGUUUACGAUAUCUUUGACACGUUUACCGCCGAACAGAAAGGUUCUGAGGAUGAUUUUGACACCGCUGUGAAAUCACUUACAACUUAUUUCGAGCCUAAAAAGAAUACGGAGUAUGAAAUCUACAAAUUUCGCCAAGCUAGCCAACGCCAUGACGAAAAGCUCGAUUCUUACCACCCUCGCCUUCGACACCUUGCUUCCACGUGUGAAUUUGCAGACAUGGAUCGCGAAAUUAAAACACAAAUUGUCCAAACGUGCACGUCCCAACAGCUUCGACGAAAAGCCCUUCGUACUGAAAUGACUCUCCAACAACUUUUAGAUCAAGGCCGAGCCUACGAACUAUCACACCAACAAGCUCAGGAAAUGGAAAAUAACAACACAGAAUCAGUCAACCAGAUGAAAACUGCUGCAACACGAAAUUACUUUUCGAAGAACUUCAACUCACAACGUCAAGGACCAAGACAAGAAUCAACGAAACUAUGUUAUUUUUGCAGCAAACUCUAUCGUCAUCCUGGCGUAUGUCCAGCAAAAGGGAAAACGUGUCGACUUUGCGGGAAAUUGAAUCACUUUGCCGUCGCAUGCCGUUCAUCUCCACAAAAACAACAACAUCGCCACCAUGAAAGUGACAAACGUCAGACGGUUAAAUAUGUAAACGAAGAAAUCGCAAGUGACAAUACCAGUGAACACUCCGAGUCGGAUGAAUAUACGUUUAUGGUGCAAGAUACAGACGAAAAUACCAAACAUCCAAUGGUUAACUUACGGAUUCAAAACCUAGCCAAAGUUAAAUUCAUUAUUGACACUGGAGCGACAGUUAAUUUACUCGAAGAAAAGGAUUUUGAAGCCCUCAAACCGGAAAUAACAUUGCAACACAGUUCUAUCAACAUCUACCCCUACAAGUCCGAUAAACCCCUCCGUGUCCUUGGAAAGUUUACUGCUACUGUAGAAUCGCGGAAACGAAUUGAUGCUGCCGAGUUUUUUGUCGUUAGCAACAACGGUCGCCUUGGAGGUUCUUUGUUAUCCUACAAUACUGCAAAGCAUCUUGGUUUGAUUGCAAUUACUAACGCUGUGGACACUGCUAAGAACACAACUGUAUCCUGCAAUGUUGCAAUACCUGAGGAAUUAUUCAAUGGCGUUGGAAAAUUAAAAGAUCAUAAGGUGAAGCUACAUAUUGACGAAUCAAUUCCACCCGUUGCUCAAACCCAUCGGCGGAUACCAUUCCAUCUACGGAAACAGGUGGAGAAAAAGCUUGAAGAGAUGGAAAAGGAUGACAUCAUCGAGAAAACAGAAGGUCCAACGCCCUGGGAUUCUCCAAUCGUUGUUGUGCCGAAACCCAAAAGUCCAAACGAUGUUAGAAUUUGUGUGGAUAUGCGGGCUGUCAACAAGGCAAUCCAGCGAGAACGUCACAUAACCCCCACCAUAGAUGACGUCAUAGCAGAUCUAAAUGACGCUAAAGUAUUUUCAAAGCUUGACCUCAAUCAAGGUUAUCACCAACUUGAACUCUCAGAAGAAUCACGCUAUAUUACCACGUUUAGCACCCAUGUCGGCCUGAGGAGAUAUAAGCGCCUUAAUUUCGGAGUAACCUCUGCAGCUGAAAUUUUCCAAAAUACUAUUCGAGAAACUCUUGAAGGUCUCAACGGCUGUAUUAACAUCAGUGAUGACAUCUUAGUCUAUGGAUCCAACCAAAAAGAACAUGACAACAACCUUAAAUCUGUAUUGGAACGUCUUCAGUCUCGUAACCUAACAUUAAAUAAGCUGAAGUGUGAAUUCAACAAAACCAGC